AUGAAGAAGAAGUCGCUGAACAACCAACGGUUUGGGUGCCUUACUACUCGAACAAGAUAUUUAGUUUUAUUCUUAGGUAAGAAGGUUAUCAAGAUUGAAUUUUUCAGAAAGUUGGAAGUUCAUUUGCUUUGA